GGAGGCUGCAUCCGCAGCCAAGUGCCAGCGGAGCCAGGAGGAGCAUUGGCUGCCCUGCUCCCACGUGGCUCAGGGCUCACUUGGGCUUGGAUGCUGUUCCCUUAAGGCACAACAGGUGGAAAUGCAGGGCUAGAAGUAUGAGUAUUUAAAACAGGCUGGCACUGCCUGAGCCUGGUGUCCUGGAGGGAGGCAGGACAGACAGACAGACAUACAGGAGGUGCUGGGGUCAUCCACGGAGCCAGGAGUGGUGAAGCAAAGAGAAAGCAAGAAGAGCAAAUUGGUCUGCAGAAGUGACCUGAAGUGGAAUGCAAGAAGAAUGACUUUACUGGCAUUCAUCCUCCUGCUCUCCUUCCUCUCAGCUGAAUCUGCAAGAAGUAAAUAUCCUCCCACGUCAGCCUUAAACCCGGUGUUCGGACCGCAGCAGGUGUACGGCCUGAUCGAUGGCUCUGUCACCAUCAAGUGCUUCUACCCUCCCACCACGGUGAACAGACAUGACAGGAAGUAUUGGUGCAGGGAAUCCUCCAGGAGCUGCGUGACCGUGGUAUCCUCCAGAGGGUACAGGGCACGGGGCUACCAGGGCAGGGCUGCCAUCACCGACUUCCCAGAGCAGGGCGUCAUGCUGAUCAACAUCUCCCAGCUGGCCUUGGCAGACCGGGGCACCUACCAGUGUGGCAUCGGGAUCAAUGGCAAAGGGCUCUCCUACAGGGUCACCCUGGAUAUUUCUGAAGGUCCAAACAUACCCGAGGAAGCUGAGCUCUUCUACGUGGAGCUGCACGGCUCCGUGACCAUGAGCUGUGACUUCGGGGCGGAGUAUGCCAGCGAGAGGAAGUUCUUGUGCAAGUUGGAGAAGAGCGGCUGCCGCAACAUCAUCAAUACGUAUGGGGAAAUAGAUUCGGAAUUCCAAGGGAGGGUGCUGCUGAGCAACGAUAACACGGAGGGCGCGUUCAGCGUCAUGAUAACCCAGGUGGACUGGGACGAUGCUGGCCUGUACCUGUGCGGGGUUGGCUUCCACGGGCAGAGUGGAGAAACGAAGGAGCUGGAUUUGCACGUCUAUGAGAGGUCAAAAGUUCCACAAGGAAAGCACACGAUAUUUGGAGUAAAAGGAAGUUCAGCAACCAUCGAAUGCCACUACGAUCCUGCCAAAAAUUACUCGCUGAAGUACUUGUGCAAAUGGAGAACGACGGGGUGUGCUCGGAUCAUAGAUAACACCGGCUUCUUGCCGGGCCCUUACGAAGGACGAGUGGCCAUGUUUGACAACCCAAAGAAUGGCACAUUCAGCAUCGUCCUGAACCAACUGCGCAGCAGCGAUGAGGGCUACUACUGGUGCAUGACAGACGAUCACAGGGAGAGGAAAACAUCGAAGGAGCUGAAGAUCAUAGAAGGAGAGCCUGCAUUAACGGGAAAGCAGGAAGUGCAGGCAGAAGUGGGCUCCCGGGUCGACUUAACGUGCUCCUACUCAUGCAAGUACUACUCCUACGAGAAGUACUGGUGCAAAUGGAGCAGCGACGGCUGCACCCCGCUGACUGCCUCUGACCAAAGCCAGCCGGGGCUGGAUGUCAGCUGUGACACCGCCAACAAAACGCUCAUCCUGAGCCUGGACCCUGUGACUGUGGAGGACCAGGGGUGGUACUGGUGUGGGGUGAGGCGAGAUGGCCACUAUGGGGAGACCAUGGCUGUGUUCCUGCAGGUGAAUGGAGGGAAAGCCGCCGACGUCAGCCCGGAGCUCCUGGAACUGGAAGCCAGCAAUGCUGCAGCUUCUGAAGGGGCUGUUCCUCAGGGCAGAGCCAACAGCGAUGCUGGGGUGCAAAGGGCAGCUGCCUCAGAAAGCUCCGAGCAGAGCUCUGGCUCCAACACUCUUCCUUUAGUCCUGGGCCCCAUUGGCGCAGUGAUCCUGGUCCUCUCUACAGGUUUUGCUGUCUUUAAAUACCGUCAGAUCAGGCGAUCAGAUCUGGUGUCGGUGGGCAGCUACAGGACCAACAUCAGCAUGUCAGACUUCGAGAACGCAAGGGAGUACGGAGCAAACGACAACGCCUGCAUGAAGCAGAGCCAGGAGACCCAGCUAGGAGGGGAUGAAUUCGUCACCACGAUAGCCAACGCUGAAAGUGCCGCCGAGACAAAGAAGGCAAAACGGGGCUCCAAGGAGGACCUCGCCUACUCCGCUUCGCUCCUCACUCCCAGCACCAUCACCCAGAGCCCCGUGGGGGAUGGCACGACCCCGGCUGCAGCCCCCCCAGUGUGGGCUGGCUUGGCCUGAGGCUUGGAGCAGUGAUUCAGCCAGAAUCGUAGAGGAACUCCGAGGCUGAGCCCCAACAGCCCCAGCGCAGCCAGGGCCCUCUGCCAUGCUCCCAAAGACCAGAAGAUGCAUUUUUUUUUAAUCUCUUUUUUUUUUUAAAUCUCUUUUUUUUUUUUUUUCCCCUGGAAAUCCCUUUAGGACAAUGCCUUUUGCUUUUGAUUCCCCUCUGCUCUCCUGGUCACAGGGCAGCCCCUGCAGACCAGGAGUGCCUGGGGUGUUCGUGACCAAUAAAGAUACAAGCAGCUUUCAGCAGA